UCGGUAGGCGGCCAGCUGGUGGCGAUAGCUGAGGAAUCUACUUAAAGCGGACUAGGAAACACACAAUAGCGACACACACGCGUGGGGAGAGUUAAGGAGAGCAGACUUCUCUUAUCUGGGUGACUUUCCCGUAAGUCACGGACCGGACACUACUAUGAUGGCAGUCCUGGGUAGCGCCGGUCGCUUGAUUCAAUUUGCCAGGAGCAGCGUGACUCUAAGCGUGAGGAGACGAUCCGCUGCUGCCGCUUUGGCCCAGACUGUCACCCCAGAGACUCAGGACACCAGGAAACCGAAGACGGGCAUCCUGAUGCUAAACAUGGGAGGACCUGAAAAAUUGGAAGACGUACAUGACUUCCUGCUGAGGCUCUUCAUGGACACUGACCUGAUGAAACUCCCAGUACAGAAUAAGCUGGGUCCGUUCAUCGCCAAGCGCCGCACGCCAAAGAUCCAGGAGCAGUACAGUAAGAUCGGAGGCGGCUCGCCCAUCAAACACUGGACCUCCAUGCAGGGCGAGGGCAUGGUGAAGCUGCUGGAUGAGAUGAGCCCCGAGACAGCUCCUCACAAGUUCUACAUCGGUUUCCGGUACGUUAACCCACUGACUGAGGACGCCAUUGAGGAGAUGGAGAAAGACGGAGUGGACCGAGCUGUGGCCUUUACACAGUACCCUCAGUACAGCUGCUCCACCACAGGCAGCAGUCUAAACGCCAUCUACCGUUACUAUAGAAACAGAGGUGACCGGCCCAAAAUGCGCUGGAGUGUCAUUGACCGUUGGCCCACACACCCUCUGCUGGUGGAGUGUUUCGCAGAACAUAUUAGUAACGAGCUGCUGAAGUUUCCAGAGGAGAAGAGAGAUGACGUGGUCAUUCUCUUCUCGGCACAUUCCCUUCCUAUGGCUGUUGUAAACAGAGGUGACCCAUAUCCUCAGGAAGUAGGAGCCACAGUUCAGAGAGUUAUGGAGAGGCUAGGACACUGUAACCCUUACAGACUGGUGUGGCAGUCCAGGGUGGGCCCCAUGGCGUGGCUCGGGCCCCAGACGGACGAGGUCAUCAAAGGUCUUUGUGAAAGGGGGAAGAAGAACCUCCUGCUCGUGCCAAUCGCCUUCACCUCCGAUCACAUCGAGACUUUACACGAGCUGGACAUCGAGUACGGACAGGUGCUGGGAGAGGAGUGUGGUGCAGAAAACCUCAGGAGAGCAGAGUCGUUGAAUGGAAACCCACUUUUUAUGAAGGCUCUGGCUCAACUGGUCCAGGCUCACCUGCGCUCCAACGAGCCGUGCUCUCGUCAGCUGACCCUGCGCUGCCCGCUCUGCACCAACCCCACCUGUGGAGAGACCAAGGCCUUUUUCGCCAACCAGAAACUAACCUAGUAACACACACACACACACACACACACACACACACACACACACACACGCAUCAGGGCUGAGUAGACAAACAGAAGACUGUCUGACAUAAGUAGAAUGAAUGAGUGAAUGGUUGGAGGCAGGUGGUCCAUCCUGACAUCUUAGUUCUUGACACAUUUUUUUUAAGGAAAACACACGAAAAAGGAAAACAAUCUUGGAGGUCAUAAGUUUGUCUUUUGUUUACAAACACACACUAAAUACACAGUUUAUCGCCAAUUUUUUCCUGGACUGAUCAAAGUGUGUCGAUAGAGUCAAAAUAUGCUAAUCAUCACUAACAUAAAUGCAAAUAAGUGGUUGAAGUCAUCUGAUGAAGAUGGUAGGAACAUUUUUAGCCAUUUUUUGUCAUUCGUCAUCUGUUUGUUGAUUAUUGGGGCAAUCAAAAGUUUGGACACACCUUCUCAUUCAAUGUGUUUUCUUUAUUUUCAUGACUAUUUACAUUGUAGAUUGUCACUGAUGGCAUCAAAACUAUGAAUGAACACAUGUGGAUUUAUGUACUUAACAAAAAUAAAAGGUGAAAUAACUGAAAACAUGUUUUAUAUUCUAGUUUCUUCAAUAUAGCCGCCCUGUGCUCCGAUUAUGCUCAAGAGGUAGUCACCUGUGAUUGGUUUUCAUUUCACAGCUGUGCUUGAAGCUCAUCCAGAGAAUGCCAAGAGUGUGCAAAGCAGUAAUCGGAGCAAAGGGUGGCUAUUUUGAAGAAACUAGAAUAUAAAACGUGGAGUUAUGUACUUAACAAAAUAAAAGGUGAAAUAACCGAAAACAUGUUUUUAUAUUCUAGUUUUUUCAAAAUAGCCACCCUUUGCUCGGAUUAGUGCUCAAGAGGUAGUCACCUGAGAUGGUUUUCAUUUCACAGGUGUGCUUGAAGCUCAUCCAGAGAAUGCCAAGAGUGUGCGAAGCAGUAAUCGGAGCAAUGGGUGCCUAUUUUGAAGGAACUAGAUUUUUUUUUUUUGUUAAGUACAUAACUCCACAUGUGUUCAUUCAUAGUUUUGGUGCCUUCAGUGACAAUCUACAAUGUAAAUAGUCAUGAGAACACAUUGAAUGAUGUGUGUCCAAACUUUUGACCUGUAUUGUAUGUGCUUAAGAGCAUUUACUGAAUUCUAAAUGCAAAAUUAAGCACAUUCUGUCUGCUUGGAACCUUUAACCGGCCUUGCUACUUCUUCACGGGUUAAUGGGGUGAAUAAAUAGAAGUCAUGUUUCAGGUGGUGGGACUGCCACGGCCCUUAAGCAAGCUCCUGACCAACCCUGAAGGAGAAAAAUGCUGCAAAAGAAGUGAAAGCCCCCUUUUUAAAAAAGACUGGGGUAAAAUAAUAAAAAAAAGUAACAAG